AUGGCGGCGCUGCGGGGCCUGCGGGGCCUCCCGGGGCUGCGGCUGCUCCCGGGCCCGGCGCGGCCCGGCCCGGCUCCCCCGCGCGCUGCUGCGCCCCGAGCGCGGCCCCGCCCGCGGCCCCCGCCACGGUGUCCCAGUGUCCCUGGCCCCCAGGUGCAGUCCCCUGGCCCCAGUGUCCCCCCAGGUGUAAAGAAAAAUAAAAAAAAGGGGAGGGGCCUGCCCUGGAGCCACGGCGGCUUCCUGGCCGCCCUGGACCACGCCAGUAUCCGCAGGGGGUUCCAGGUGUACCGCCAGGUGUGCUCUGCCUGUCACUCCAUGGACUAUUUGGCUUUCCGGAACCUCAUCGGCGUCACCCACACCGAGGCCGAGGCCAAGGCGCUGGCGGAGGAGGUGGAGAUCCAGGACGGCCCGGAUGAGAACGGGGAGAUGUUCAUGCGUCCGGGGAAGAUCUCGGAUCAUUUCCCCAAGCCCUACCCCAACCCCGAGGCCGCGCGGGCGGCCAACAACGGGGCGCUGCCCCCGGACCUCAGCUACAUCGUCAAUGCCAGGCACGGGGGUGAGGACUAUGUCUUUGCCCUGCUCACCGGGUACUGUGACGCCCCCGGGGGGGUCUCGCUGAGGGAGGGGCUCCAUUACAACCCCUACUUCCCUGGCCAGGCCAUCGGCAUGGCCCCCCCCAUCUACGACGAGGUGCUGGAGUACGACGACGGCCGCCCCUGAUGCAAGGACGUUUGCACCUUCCUGCGCUGGGCGGCCGAGCCCGAGCACGACCACCGCAAAAAGAUGGGGCUCAAGCUGCUGCUGCUCUCGGCGCUGCUCACGCCGCUGCUGUACUACAUGAAGCGGCACAAGUGGGCCGUGCUCAAGAGCAGGAAGAUCGCGUACCGGCCCCCCAAGUAGGGCCCGAGCCCCACGGCGGCCGGGGGAGCCCCCCCAGAGCGGCAUUGGGGGGUCCCCGCCCCCCCCUCGUGUUCGACCCCGGCUCGGCCCCCGCGGGGCUGCGGGGGAAUAAAGGCUGGGAACGCCA